AUGGCGUUCACCGGGAAAUAUGAGCUGGAGAGUCAAGAGAACUAUGAGGAGUUCCUGGAAGCAAUUGGAUUUCUCAAUGCCAAGACAGACCACAAAGUUGUAACAGAGGUGGAUCAGGAUGGGAACAACUUCACCUGGACACAAACCAUCCCCAACUGGACCUGGUCCAAUAACUUCACCAUAGGUCAGGAAUGCGAGCUGGUAACAAUGACGGGCUCCAAAUUCAAGGCCCCUGUUACUAUGGAAGGCGGCAAGAUUUCAAUACAGUUUCCUCAAUAUCACUUCACAGCAGAGAUCGCUGAAGAUAAGCUAGUAAUGAAUUGCAAAACUCCAGGAGAGAAGGGUGUGACUUUCAAAAGAGUUAGCAGCCGGAUCUAGUGCUGCAAGACUCGACAUGCUUCAUCGGAAAAGAGGCUGUGAG